GCUUUGUGUUUGGACCCACUCCAUCUGCAACACUGCAACUUCUCAAUAGGAAAAGAUUGUUUGACGUUGGCAAUGCUGCAUAGACUCUAUCUCACUGUGACUACUCUGCUGAUAUGUUAUGUCCUGUUAAGUUGUGCCUCAGAACAGGACAAGAGGAAAGGUGGAAUAAUUCAAAGCCCUGCCAAAAACGCUGACAGGGCUAUUAAGGUGAUGAGAAAUGACACAAAAGCACAUGACAUGAGACCCAAAGCUGUCGCCCAUACGAGGAAGGUCAAAAAGACAGGAAGUAGAAGAAGAAGAGAUGACACCGGCUGCAGCAGCCUGGGAGGCAUUUGCCAGCCGAACUGGUUCGUCUGCCAAGGUCGAUACCUGAGAGACAAGUGUUCAGGGCCCGAAAGGAGGCUGUGUUGUAUGCCAGUGGGAGCAUGGAGUGUGCUAUGCGCCGGUCACUACAACAACAGAGUGAGGAGCUGCGACUUGCAUGGCUGUGGAGCGUUCAACUCCAGGGGAGGCCUCAACAGGACAGUGGACUUGGUAUGUGCUGACUAUAGUACAGUCAGUGCUCCGUUCCCAGGAACCCUGGCUGGUCCAGCGAGUCAGAAAGAUCCAGCUGGUUUCCAGUAUGAUGGUGUCAAACUUGUCAAUAACGUGCAAUGUGUAAAGAUCUUUAACAUUCGACCUUUCCGUUACACUGGCACGGUGGAUCUGGGGGACCCGCUGGGUUACGUGCUGCCACUGCAGGAGCGCUUUGCCGGCAUCGCCUCACACCUGAAGCUGCAGAUGUGUGACGGCACUGACCCAUCACCCUUCAUCUAAAUCUCCGCUGUGACCUUUUCCUCAUGCAAUUUCCACACACGCACACAUUUAGACAAUCAAAUGUUUUAAAAUGAAUUUCUAAAAAUAGAAAAAUAAAUGCAUAAUAAAAGAUAAACUCUCAUUCUGAUGAAGCAGCAUUCUACACCAAAUUAUAACUACAACAAUACAUUAAAUGAAUACCUCACUGACAGUGUCAAUCAAAUCUGAUUAUCUUUGUAAAGGCAGAAUAUUGGAUUGUACAGCUCUUGUAUUGGAUGUCAAUAUACAUACUAUGCAAGCGGUCAUAAUGUUGUGGCCGGUCGGCAUGUGUACACAAUACACAUUUAUAUUUUGCCAGCAAUACAUUUACAUGUCCAGCUUUUCAUUUUUUCUUUGCUAAAAAUACUACUUAUGUGUGUUUCCUGUGCUACAAGUAGAUAGACAAUUUGUAUUUGUAUGACAAUAUUUUGUGUGCAUAACAUUUUUCAUUUCAACUGAAAUAA